AUGGCUUCCACGAACACCUUGGAUGACCUAAUCUCGCGCGUCGACGACCUGGAUCUCAACCUAGACGAAGAUGUAAAUGACGUGGCCUUGGGUAUCGGAAAGUUGGAUAUCAACUCUUCCGAGGAUUCCCAAGAUGACCCCGAAGAGCCCGACUCAUCAGUCGAGUCUACAGAUCUGGACAAUAAUCCCCCAGACUUGAAAAAACCAAGCCAAAAACCACAGCAGAAGAAGGCUAACUGUAGCACGUUACUAGACCGUCACAACCGUGCCAUCGCACAGAUCCUGUCGCACUUCCGCAACAUGGUUAUGGCUGCCACCGCACCCAUCUCGCAAAGCGGCAACAUCCUUGAGCUUGCUGCGCUCAACCGUAUGACCAUGGAGACCGAAUCCGCCGCUUUAAUCUCCGAAAUCCAAGGCCUCCUAGCCAUCAACCGGGAGAUCAAAGCUCUAUGGAUCCGCGGGCCACUCCGACAGCCCGGCGAGAGCGACACUCGUGAGGCUGAGCUCGACAAGCAGGCCGCUGACGUCGCGCGCCUUUACGAUCGCGCUAUUGAGAUGCGGGAGGCUUCUAUCCGCCAGCAAAACGCUGCCAAAGCCGGGGGUGAUCUCUCUGCGAGUUCCUAG